GGAAUGGAGGUGGACUGCAAUCGGCUGGAGUCAGUGCUAUGAAUUCCCUUCCAGUAGGUGCCGGUUUCACAAGUGAGCAGUGGCAAACAAUUUUGGCUACAUUUGGUGAAAAUAAUUCUGGUAAAAACUCGGCCUCUUGUGAACAAAUGACCGGACCUACACUCGAAGAAGCUGAUUGGGAUGGGUGAACGAAGGAAUGGACUUUACUAUUUGCAGCAUCAGUCACAAACUUCUUCAGUCAAUGCCGUAACUCUUACUGCGGAUCUCUGGCAUCGUCACAUGGGACAUCCUGCCGGGCAAAUUGUGAAGUCUCUUUUUCGUACUACGGAUAAUGUAAUUUUUCCGUGUGAUAUUUGUUUUCGGGCUAAACAGACGAGAAACUCUUUUAGUUUGAGUGCUAAUAAAUCAUCUGGAAUUUUUGAGUUAAUUCAUUGUGAUCUCUGGGGUCCUUAUAGUACGCCAUCUUCCUGUGGGGCUAAGAGUUUUCUAACUAUUGUGGAUGCUU